CCAAAGCUUCGUAUGUACUAAAUAAAUGAGAUGGACAUAGCGCCAUGUACAGGCAUAAGGCAGAGUUGGAGGAGUUAGAAGAGGAUUUAAAAGAGGAGUUAGAAGAAGAGUUAGAAGAGGAGUUAGAAGAAGAUGCACGUAGGAGGAUGGAAGAACUAAUUCAGAAGAAUGUUGCUGAAAGGUUAAAUUCUGAAGAGGUUAAAUUAGAAAUACAAAGGCGAAUAGAGGAAGGUCGCAAAAAAUUGUUUGAUGAUGUUGAUCUGCAACUUGAGAAAGAGAAAGAAGCCGCCCUCACGGCUGGAAGACUGAAAGAGGAACAGGCCCGGAAGGAGAGAGAAGAGGUGGAUAGAAUGCUUGAAGAGAAUAAGAGAAGGGUAGAAGAAGCUCAGGGAAGAGAAGCUCUGAAGCUUAUUCAGAGACAAAAAUAGGAGACAGCUCGGACAAAAAAGCUGGAAUAAGAAGAAAAUAUAGAAUGGGAAUAGGAAGAAGAUGGUUUUUUUCUUUUUUUUUUGGGAGCUCUGAGUCUUUCUGUUUUGUGGUUGUCCUUCGAAUAUGACAUGGACUACAUAAAUUUUAGGUAGUUGAUUUGUUAGAUCUAUUAAAAAUGAGAAAUAAAGGUGGGAUCCAAAGUCAAAUAUCCA